AUGCCUGGCGCUGCCGCCCGUUGUGUCUUCGCCUGCUUCAAGCGCGUCGAGCGCUGGGGUGACGCCAUCACCGGCUUCGCGGGACCGUGGUUCAUCGGCCUUGCUGUCUGUCUCUUCACCGGCGGCACGAUAUGUUUCCUCGACGUGAUACUACCCUCUCUACCUUGGCCUGUCUUGACCGUGCCGCCAUGUCUGCUCAUCAUUACAAACCUCUACGCACACUACUACUAUGUCUGUACAGUCUCGCCUGGAUUUGUCGACGAACCACCUAUACAGCUAGACGGUCACAACAGCUUACUAUGGGCAAAGAGAAGAGCUGACGGCAGCCGUCAUGGUGGCGUGAGCUGGAGUGACGAACUCGGAUUAAACAUCACGCCUGCCAGCAUCGGAAUGUGCAGGAAGUGCAACCAUCCACGGCCCGAGAGAGGGCGCACCACUGUCGUUGUGAGUAUCCACCCGACCGGUCGCGACUGCCGUUAUUGCCUCCAAUACCCGCUUGCUUACCCGCAAGCGCCAGGGAUCAACCAAUGUGUGGGCAUCAACAAUGAACGACAUUUUGUCCUAUUCAUGGCUUACCUUGUCAUCGCAACUGCCUCCUACGUCUUGACCGGUAUCCCACAUGUCUAUGAUGCCUUUGGGCUGAACGAUCCCUUCAAGGAUACCUGGAAUCACAAUGUGCCGGCUGUGUACUUCGCCGUAACAUAUGUGCUUUGCUUCGUCAUGUGCUUCGCUGUCAGCGUGAUGCUAGCAUGGCACAUAUACGCCAUCGCACAGGCUGAAACAGCUGUAGAGGCGCAUGAUCAUGAUGCAUACCGUGCGAUGGCUCGCGAACGUGGUGAUGUAUUCGUCAACAGCUACGAUCUUGGUUGGAAGCGCAACUUGCAGUUGUUCUUUAACCUCGGCCCUGGGCGAUACUCUAUCUAUGCCUUACUUCUCCCCUUACGUGUGCCUCCGUAUACGGACGGCCGAGCGUGGGCACGCCGCGCAGGGCUCGAGCGCCAUUCGGGCAUACGAGUAGGCGAGGAACUUACAGAUGAGGAGGACUAG